CCCCCUUUUGCCUACGCUACCAGCUAGCAUAACUUAUCCUUUGCAGCGAGAAGGUCUUGGAAUAAAAGAUUCACGCAUAUUGUCAGCACCUGCGUGUGCGUUGCAUUGGCAGCGGAGCGUGUAUUCCGAGCUCCCUCGCAGGGAGAACCCUUUCGGCAUCAGACAGUUUCUUCCCGGACACUCCCGUGCAGUCGGACGGAUCACGACGGAUAUGACAUCUCGCACGAUGGCUGACCGGAGGCCUGCUGCUGCCGCUGGUUCUCGCGGUGCCGCCGCACCGAAGAAGUACGGAGAUCGUCGAUACAGGGGCAAGCACCCUCGAGAUGGAGCCGCGGCAGCGGCUACGCCCGACGAUGAGACCUACGAAGAGGAAUGGGCCGACGAGUGGGCUGGAGAGGACUGGGCCGAGGACGACGACGAGGAGUCGGAGAUUCCACCGAGCUCGGCGGAGUUUCGACGCACCCGCGGUGAUCGCAAGAAGUGGCGCGGAGGACCGUGCCCAGCCCCACCUCCACUCGAGGCCCGGCUUCAGAAUAUAUACAAGCAGCCGAGAUACUACCAGAAGUGGGUUAGGAAAGUGCACAUGUGGAAGGCCAGGGCGCGACACUACAAGCCGAUGGCCGAGCUGGCCCUGGACCUUUCGGACGUCAUCACGGGCGAGGGCGCAGAAAUGAUCGAGUCUUUGAAAUGGGCCCGUUUGUAUUCACAAGAUGGUAUUGAUUUGGUGAUCAACUCACUCGCCGUGUUUGACGAGCAGCAGAUCCUACAGGUUGGAGACCUCAUGGAAGAGUACGAAGAAGUGGAGCGCCUGCCCGGUGAGCUGCUGGCCGCGUACGUCGCGCAUUUCAAGGAUCUCGAGAUGCGGCUCAAGCGGGCAGAGCUUCCAGCUCAGCAAGGACAAUUUCGUGCAUUCAAGUUGUUGCGAAGUUCAUGUUUAUCGCCGGAGGUUCGGCGCAACCUCCUCCUCGCGACGGGCAAUGAGUAUGACUUCGACCGCCUCGUUCAGGCUAUGAGUUACGACGGAUGGCACGCAAGCGACUCGGUGAGGCGGCCGCUCCUGAACGCAGGCCGGCUGGUCGAGAUCACGACAAAGGAGGCGGCAAAGGACGAGAUCGACAGCCACGGAGAGGUUGACAGCAUCCAGGUCAUGCAGGAGGUGGCGGACGCUUUGACCGUCACAAGCGACAAGUUGAAGAAGCUGACCUUGGGCCGCGGGUGGACCGGAAGCGCCGCCCGGCAGGUCGCCGCAGACAUCGUCAGCGCCGCCACAGAGAGGCACUGCGACGCCGCCGGCCGGCACGUCUUUUUCAGGAAGCAUUCGUGGAGCGUUUACGGGAGAUCGAUCCGGAGAUUCAAGAGCACUGGCGGCAUCUCAGAGGCCAGGGUUACGCCAGACGUCAUCGAGGCCUUAGUCGCGCACCUCUCGCCUGACGAGCUGCAGCAGCGCGUGGCCGCCUUCAAGAGCAGGGUCGCCACCAGCGACAAGGGGCUGGACACCUUGGGGGAAAGGGCUCAUUUCACCAAGAUCAACCUGUGCGACGUGCCCCUGAAGAUUGCCCCGAAUGGCCACUUGCUUCUGAGAGUCGACUCUUGGUUGAAGGAUGUGGGGUUCCCAAGGGAGCCCGAGGCCUGGAAGUUCACCCCCUCGGACGUCAUCAUCCCGGAGCCCCAGUGGAUCCCAGAGGAGGCCCGGUCGUCUCGUCGCACAGUCCAGCUGACGAGGCAGAACCUGGCGAUCAACGCGUGGGCGAACCUGAUGCAGCUGAUCAUGAACCACCUGUCGCACAUCAUCGGUCGCAGUCGCGAGCAGUUCCGGCAGAACAUGGAGAUGUCGAACCGGAUGAUGGGCACGAUCGCGCAGAUGGGCCGCGAGAUGGGCUACCUGACACCGAUGGCGGACUCAGUGAAGGCGAUCGCGAGAGGAGCCGCACAGGUUCCGGAGAGCGUGCUGCCACCGCCGCCGGCACCAGAGGAUCAAGCCCAGAACUACUCACAGCUGUGCGAGAAGAGGGACGUGUGCGCCCAUCCGACAACGAGGAGGUACUACGCCAAGGGGUACUGGCUGAUCUGCGACCAGUGCGGCCGGCGGUGGAAGUCGGUCAACGGGAAGUGGAUCGUGGACGACAAAGUCUUCGGCGAGCUCGAGCCAGGGUCGUACGCGGACCAAGGCGGAGCCAAGGUCACCCUCGGAGCAGCCUCCCCCGCGUCGGGGACCGAGAUGGUGAAGAGAGGCGCCUGGAAGCGCCUUCUCGGCAUUGCUAAGAAGACGACCGCAGCCUGCGAGACGCUUAUUAACGUGAGUCAAGAUGCCGAUCGCCGAGCUGCCGAUUUACGAGACGCGGAAUGGUGCUGUUCGGACGUGGCCUUCAUGGACAUUCCCGUUCCCGAGUUGCCCGACCACCUGUACCUGGACAACGAGUGCCAGGCGUGCGACACCGACCUCAUCGAGGGCUGCGCCGGGACAGCAAGACCUACGCGAUUAGCUUCACGCUUUGAGCUGAGGGCCUCGCCGAGCGCCGACAUAGAGGACGGCUGGGACUUGUCAACUACGCGAGGUGCUCAGAGAUGGAAAGAUCAGAUACAGAAAGACAAGCCCCUCUACGUGAUCGUAGGCUUCCCCUGCACGCUCUGGUGCUCCUACAACGUCAAUGUGAAUUACGUCGACCAUCCCGAGCUGCUUGAGAGACUUCGUGCCCGGGAUCGACGGCUGAUUGACUUGAUCAAGGGGGCCGUCAAGUACCAGGUGAAGCAUGGCCGGUUCUUCUUGUUCGAGAACCCGCCGACGUCAGCGAUCUGGAAGGACCUCCAGUUCGCCCCGCUCCUGCCCUUGGGCGAGACCGUUAUUGGACUUCGUCCGGAGUCCGGGGGCCACUUGCACGAUCAGAUCGAGAACUCGAAGUGGGCAGAGGCCAGCGGCGAGUACACCGACGAGAUGGCCCACGCGAUGCUCCACGCGAUCCAGCAGGUCGCCGCCCAGAGGAAUCCGAGCAGGUUCGCCGACAUGCCGGUCGCGGCUACCGAGUGGGAGGUCGCCUACAACCACGCAGGUCCCAUCGAGGUGUUGUUCGCCUCGCCAGAGAAGGACCCCACCAGGUGGGAGGCGGUCAUGCAGGGCGUCCGACAGAUCGUGGGCGGCUCCGCCAGCCGAGGCGGGAACAAGGCCAUGCAUUACCUUUCGAAGUCAUCCGCGCUCUGGAGACAGAUUAGCCAGCUCGUCCCGUGGGACCUCACGAUGAUCCAGCUCGCGAAGACAGCCAAACAAAGGAGGUUCCCCAUCAACAAGGAGCCGUGGUCUCACCGUGGUCACUGCUACGUGGACGAGAAGGGCCAUUACCACAUCGAAGCCGAGGACCUGGUUGACGUGGCCUUCCCGACGUUGGCCUUGUCGCCGCCAGCGGACCUAGCCGUUUUCUUCUUCGGCUAUGCCAAGCAGGAGUCCCUCCCGCAGGAGCCUGACACGUCACAGAUAGAGAAGCGAAUGCCGCUUCCCCCGGACCCGAACGACCCGAUGCUGCCGAACAACAGCCUGCCGCCCGACGAGGACGACGACCUGCAGGACGUCCCGAUCGCUCGGAUGCCUGACGCGUCCGGAGGUAUGGCUGGCAUACGUUUUGUUGGAGUGACAAAGGAGCAGUGUCCUCGUGAAGUUCGCCAGCUUGUCGCUCGUAUGCACUGUAACUUGGGACAUCCUGUGCCCAGCGAGUUCUUCCAGUUCCUGGCUCAGAGAGGCGCCUCGCAGGCCACGCUGCUGUGCGCCAGAGCGCUGAGGUGCCCGGCGUGCCUUCGUCGCAAACGGCCUCAGCGACAGCGGGAGUCACAGAUUCCAAGAGUGGGUCUGUUCAACGACUUAGUCAAGGGCGACUUGUUCUACGUCAUGACCCACGACGGUACGACGCACGCACUCUUGGGACUGGUGGACAAAGCUACGAGACUACAUGUGGUGUGUCGGAUUGCUUCACGCGAACCAGGAGACGUCUGGGAGAAGUUCCAGACGUGCUGGCUCACCCCGUUCGGGAUCAUGCAGAUUCUGGUUGUCGACCGGGACGGUGCCUUCGAAGCCGUGUUCAUGGACAACUGCCACACGUUGGGAAUCGACGUGAGGUACGUGCCGCCGGGAGCUCACUGGCAGCUGGGCCUGGCCGAAUCCGGCAACUACGCCUGGCGCCGAGUCUUCGAGAAGGUGAUCGACGUCAUCCUGCCGACGAUGCCAGAGCACGUGGACCUCGCGAUCAUCUCGACGAGCCACGCCGUAAACCAGUCAGUGCGCCGAGCAGGCCGCACCGCCUAUGCCGCCGCCUUCGGACGGGCACCCGCACUUCCGACCGAGCUCUUGGCCGACACCACGUCCGCCGAGUUCUGGCACAAUUGCACCCAGGAUGAGAUGUUGGCCUACGGGGAGAGAUGCCGCAUUGAGGCGCUCAAGGCGAUCGCCGACCUGGAGGCCGACCAGGCGCUGCGCACCUCCAUCCUCCGCCAGCCUGUCAACCGCAAGGAGUGCGACUUCCUCUCGGGGCAGCGCGUGGCAGCCUGGGGCGAGCAUGGUCGCAAGCGACGGGGCAAGACGCCCGUGGCAGGGUAUCGCCCAGGCAUUUUCUGUUUCUGGGAUUCCGGCACCAACGGCUACGGCGAGGGCGAGUCUGCCUGGCUGCGGAACGGGCACCGCACUGUGCAGGUGGCCCGCGAACACAUGCGCCCAGCCGUCGGUUUCGAGGGCUGGACCCCUUCCGAGGAGGACCUCAAGGAGCUCAAGACGGCCGAGCAGGACUUGGCGAAGGCCAGAGCGGUACCCGGCGUCGAGCCCAGCGUCGAGCUGAAGGCGAAGCUCCAGAGCCCGCUGCGCCCUUUCCGUGGCCAGCACCGCCUCAGUUUGGACCAGUCCGAGCACGAGAGCGCUCUGCGACGCCCGCGCCGAGGAAAGCUUCCUAACAUACCGGGCUCACCGAGCCCAGCAGCCUUCGUGUCCAACGAGUCGGGCGAGAUGGAGUUCAUCACACCGGAUGGCUGGGACGGAGUCGAGGAGCCGGUCUUGCUCAGGACCCGCGUGUUCUCGAGCCUGGCGGAGGUCCAGGAGGCCUACGAGGCGCACCUCUUGCCCAUCGAGAACUUCGAGAACGACCCGAUCGACGACAGCGAGCCGGACGACGACUGGACAAACUGCCUGUACAUGACCUCCCACGAGCUCUCCGACCUCAGGGACGGCGAGAUGGACGUGGACUGUGCGACAGCACAGGUGGGCGACACGACGGACUCGAACAACCUGUCGAGACGCGAGCAGCGUCAACUGGAUCGUGAAAUCCCCUGGCGGGAGAUCGCAGAGUACCCGGAGGACCAGUUCAUGGAGUACGUCAAGGCCUUGCGCAAGGAGUGCCAGAACUGGGACACCUGGAAGUCCGUUCGGGCCUGCUCGCAGGAGGAGGCCGAACAAGUUCGUCGUGACCCUCGUCGCCGCAAACGGUGCAUCCGCUCGCGCGUGUGCUACCGGGACAAGAACUUGGGGUUUCCGCCGUUGAAGGCCAAGGCUCGCCCGGUGUUGCUGGGGUUCUCCGACCCCGACCUGGAGAAGUUGCCGCGUAACGCCCCGGUGCUGACCGACGCCGGCAAGAAGCUGAUCUGCCAGAUCGCGGUCUCGAAUGACUGGCGAGUCGGGACCGGAGACGCGGAGAGCGCCUUUCUCCAGGGAGGCGCACAGAGUGAGCGCGAGGAGGCGAUCUACAUGAUUCCGCCCAAGGACCCGAUAGUUCAAGCCGCCGGAGUCUUCACCGCCCCGCUCUACGAGGUGGUUGGCAACCUGUACGGUCAGUCGACGGCGCCGUACCUGUGGUACAAGCACGUGGUGACGACCUUCCUGGCGCUGGGCAGCAAGCUCCACAGUCCGUACAGUGGAAGUUUGUUUGUUCAUCAAGCGGCCUACACUAAGGCGAUUGCAGUCACGAAGGUUGGAGUUAUGUCCAGCACUCGGUCUUCUUCUAAGCUGACGCGCUCGGAGCGCGAAGAUCUGGAGUCUGCUGUCGGUUCGCUCCAGUGGUUGUCCGGACACACACGUCCAGACCUGUCAGCCGCGGUUUCCCUUGUCCAGAGGACCGACCCCGAGCUGAACGACCUACGGAUGGCCAUGAAGCGCGUAGAGUACGCGCACCGCACAGCCCAGACUGGCAUCCUGAUCGUCCGCGUCGAUUUGAGCCGCGCCUGCUUCGUGAGUUUUGCAGACAGCUCAUGGGCGAACGCUCCAGGAUUGAAGACCCAGAUCGGCGCCCUCAUCUUUUUGGCAGACGAGGUGAUACUCACCGGACCCACGUCAUGUACUCUCUUGUUUCACAAGUCCAAGAGAACGCCGAGAGUGGUGAGAUCUACGCUGGCUGGGGAAGCUAUCGCGCAGGACCUGGGAGUGGACUACGCGUCGUACUUGUCGAAGUUCCUGUCCGAGAUGUUGACCGGACGGCCUGCUGGCCGACACCCACCGAUCUUCGAGGUUAUCACCGCUACCGACUGCAAGUCUCUGUACGAUGCCCUCCACCAGUUCAAGAACGUCAGAUGGAUCCCUACGACGCACAUGAUAGCCGACGGCAUGACCAAGGAGGAUCCGAAGCUUCGCGAGAAUCUGACCGAGUUCUUGGCGGACCCAGUGCUUUCGCUCGUGGAGUCGAUUGCUUGCGAGGAGCUGACCGGUGGGGAUGGCCAAGUACAGAAGAAGUGA